UAUAUAGGGAGCACAUCAAUCUGAAAGCUAAAAAUCAUUUCAAGAGAGAGAGAUGAGAAGGGGACGUGCACCAUGUUGUGAUAAGAAUGAGGUGAAGAGAGGUCCAUGGAGCCCUGCAGAAGAUCUAAGGCUCAUCACCUUUAUUCAAAAGCAUGGCCAUGAAAACUGGAGGGCUCUCCCAAAACAAGCAGGACUGUUGCGAUGCGGAAAGAGCUGUCGAUUGAGAUGGAUUAAUUACCUAAGGCCUGACGUAAAGAGAGGCAAUUUUACCCCCGAGGAAGAGCACACCAUAAUCACCCUCCAUCAUUCUCUGGGUAACAAGUGGUCAAAAAUAGCAUCUCAAUUGCCAGGAAGAACUGAUAAUGAGAUCAAGAAUGUGUGGAAGACUCAUCUGAAGAAAAGAUUACUGGCUUCAGCUAAUAAUACUAAUCAUCCCCAUGAGGAUGAUGAACAUAAUAAUAAUAAGAAGAAGAAGAAGAAGAAAUGCUCGUAUGUAACUUCCUCUUCGUCGUCGUCUUCUUCUCCGUCUUCCUCUUCCUCCUCUGCAACUUCAUUCUUGCCAUACAAAGGACUUACAGGAGGAGCUGAAGCGCUUGGGAAGCCUCGAGUGGAAUCCCAGCAAACAAGGCAGCUUUCGUCAGAGAAAAUGGAAAUAAAAAUGGAAAUGGAAAUGCCUUGUUGCCAAACGGUGGAAUCAAAUCAAACGAACUCCAACAGUACUGUUGGUGAACACAUUAUCAAAGAUACAUCACUAAUGUCGUCAUCAGAAGAUGGGGGAUUUGAAAUCCCACUGGAAUCGGAUUUGGAUUUCUGGAACAUGCUAGAUAAUUUAGUUCCCUUCCAGCAGUGCUCCACCAUUAAUUAAUCUCAUGGUGAGCACUCGGGUGAAGAAACAUGCUUAAGCCUAUGAGUAAUCGUUCUCAAAACGGUUACUGCAAUUGUACGUGUGUUAAUGUCUCCCCCAUGAAUUUUAUUUUAUUU